CUUAACAUUUCUAUUAACAGUCAGAAGACAGAAAUUUAUCAAUGCUUAAACUCUGCAGAAGCUUAACAGGACAACGGUCACAAAUGUAUAUGGGGAAAUUUUGGCAAGUGUUGUAAAAUGUUGCUGUCAUUUCUUUUUACAGCCAUUAGACAUAUACAUGUCAAAAGCGGGAUACAUGAAAACUGUUUCUGUUAGUGUUUUUUGUGUGCUUUAGCUUUAGUAAUCAGUAAUUUGAAACUAAUCAUAUCUUGAAACGUUUCGCAGACUCCUAACACUGCCCUCUGGCUGGCGCAUACAGUUCGGCAACAAUGUCAACUUUAUAUUCGAGACGGACGAUGUGCGUCACGCCUCCCCGGCAACCAUAUCACGCAUGGGCAUUGUCAACAUGAGCUACGACUAUUAUCCCCUGACGGAAGUACUCAAGCAUGAGCUGGAGAAGGAGCCAUAUGGCGAUCUACUGCAAAGCUACAUAGAUGAAAAUUUCAGAAUAGCUUACGACUGGCUUCAAAAUGAGCAAUUGUUGGGUCAAGUGCCUGGCAUAAGUCGGUCCAGUUUGCUGCGCUCCCUGCUGCUGCAGCUGCACAAUAGCCAGACGAUCGAGGAGUAUGGCGCAGCCACAUUACGCACAAUGCUCGGCUAUGUUCCCAGCGAGCGGCAGCGAGAGUUCGCACAGCUGGUGCUGCAGCGCGCGAAUCUCUAUGUGGCACAGCCGAGUCAUGCCGAGCUGAGCUACUACGACCCGCAGCGCAAAGCACUGGAGCAGCAUGUGGUGGGCGUCAUAGAGACGCCCGAGCAUGGCAGUGAGCUCAUUGUGACAGCUUAUGUUAAAUCAUAUCUGAGUAUUAUUAAUUCGCUGCUGGAGCUGCCGGCUGGACGUGCGACGCCUUUCAUAUUGGUCGGUCCCAGUGGAGCGGGCAAGACGCUGCUGCUGGAGCAGGCGCUGCUGGAGUGCUCGGGCUACCAGCUGGCCAGCAUCAAUUGCUCCACACAGCUGACCGCUGGCUACGUGCUGCACACGCUGCGCACGCACUGCGUCACGGUGAGCGGCGUGCGUGGGCGGGAAUAUAAGCCGAAGCAGUCGAGGCUGGUGCUGUUCAUGAAGAACCUGGACUUGUGCCAGCUGGAUGCCUGGGGCGCCUGCGAGAUAGUCGAGCUGCUGCUGCAACUGGUGCAGCGCGGCGGCUUCUAUGCGGAAAAUCUGGAAUGGAUCAGCGUCAGUGGGCUGCAAAUUUGUGCGUCCAUUAGUGGCAAUUUGUCAAAAAUUUCACCCCGCUACCUGGCCAUCAAUCAGUACGUGCGCGUGGCCCGGCCGAGUGCUGCCGAUAUGCUGGCCAUCGUGCAGUGCCGCCUCGAGCCGUUGCUGCAUACGCACUUCAAACCACCGCCUGGCAGUCCCAUCAAUUUGCAGCACGUCAGCGAGUGUCUAAUGGAGUGCUUUGAAAAGCUCCAGGCUGUUUUUACUGCGUCCACUGGUCCACAGCAACAGCAACAGCAGCAGCAGCAACAGCAGCAGCAGCAACAGCAGCAGCAGCAGCAACAGCAGCAGCAGCAGCAGUUGCAUUAUCAGUUUAGCCCCAAGUGCAUUAUGAAGCUCUUGGCGGCCCUCGUUUACUAUCCGUCCACAGACUUCAAUGAGGCUUUGCAUUGUGAGCUGUUGGGCUUGUUCAGAGAUCGUUUGGCCAGCGAGGAGCAUGUGCAGCAGUUUGAGUCUAUUCUGAAGCAAACUAUGCGCAAAUAUCUAGGCAAGGAGAAAAUCUACUACGUGCCCAAAUCGCCAAAGUCUAAGGGACAACUGCAAGGACUCGCUCACGAUGAGUGGCUGGAGGAGGUGCAAAGGCAAAUUACAAUAUGCAAUACCGAAAGCUAUAGCAUUUCGGCACCCAUCACGGAGGAGCUGCUGCAGCACACAGCCAAAGUAGCACGAAUCCUCUCCCGCAACGAUGCUCACUUGCUGAUCCUGGCUGAAGCAGGUGAUCGACACCUGGAUGCCAUCUAUGCAGCUGCCACGCUGCAACAGGCCAAGGUCUUGACCUUACAGGGCAACGCCAGCUAUGCUCUACCGGAUUUCUACAACGAUUUGAAGCUGGCAAUGCAGACGGCAGCGCUGGAGCAGCAGAUGAGCUAUCUGCUCAUCGAUCAUUGCUGGCUGAGCUAUGUGCCCGAUAUUUUAAAGCCUAGUGAGGCCCUCUUGGAGGGUAGUGAAAUACUGGAGCUGUUUGGCGACGAUCUGGAAACGGUGGCCAGCACGCUGAAGCAGGCGGCACAGUUGGAGGGCUAUCAGGAGUCGCUGGGUGCAUUCUUUAUGAAGCGUGCACGAGAGCAUUUGCACUUGGUGCUGGUGCUCGAGCCGAGCAGUCCACAGCUGGCGGAGUACUUCAGCAGCUGCCCAGCCUUGAUUCGUCAAAUGGAUAUGCUCUACGUGCGUGCGGAGUCACGUGAUACGCUGGCCAUGCUGCCCAAGCAGUACAUUGAGUUGCUCAACGAGGCGACGUCUGCGGCCGCGGGGCGUGGCAAGGUGCCCGUCUGCAGUCACUUCGGCGAUGUGGCCGAAGAGCUGCCGCCAGAGCAGCCGGCGCAUCGCUACUAUCAACUCAUCAGCAGCUACUUCUACAUGUACAGCAAUGCAGCUGCUGAGAUUGAUCGGCGCAUGGGCAAGCUGCAGCUGGGUGUGGAUAAGCUGGCUGCGGCGCAUGCUCUGGUCGGCACACUGAAGGCCAAUGCGACGGAGCAGGAGCAGGCGCUGGGCGAGAAGCGAAAGCUGGCCAAUGAUGCACUGCAAAUGAUCUCGGCGACGAUGCACAAUGCGAACGAGCAGAAGUCGAAUAUGCUGGAGCUGAAGCAGAAGACGCAGCAGAGCAGCGAGCAGCUGAAGCUGCGACAGCGCGAGAUUCAGCAGGAGUUGGCAGAGGUGGAGCCGAUCUUGGCGGAGGCCAGCAAUGCGGUGGGUCAAAUCAAAUCCGAGGCGUUGUCCGAAAUACGCUCGCUCCGCGCUCCACCCGAAGCCGUGCGGGACAUACUGGAAGGUGUGCUGCGGCUAAUGGGCAUACGCGACACCUCGUGGAACAGCAUGAAAACGUUUCUGGCCAAGCGCGGCGUCAAGGAGGACAUACGCUCCCUGGACCCGGCACACAUUAGCCCCGAGAACUGCCAGGCCGUGGAGCGCCUGCUGCAGGCAAAAGGUGACUCCUACGAGUCGAAGAAUGCGAAGCGUGCCUCUGCAGCUGCCGCACCACUCGCUGCCUGGGUCCAGGCUAGCGUGCGUUACUCACGCGUCAUUCAGAGCAUCAAGCCACUAGAGCGCGAGCAAAAUGAGCUGCAGCGCAAUCUGAAUGCCGCCGAGGAUGAGAUGCAGCAGCUGGCCAGCGGCCUGGACGAUGUGGACAAGCGCGUGCAGAAGCUGUCUGCGAAGUUGCAAACCUACACGCAGGAGGCGGCCGUGCUGGAGCUGAAGCUGCAAGAGGCGGGCGCCACGCUGCAGGCAGCGGAGCUGUUGGUGGGCAAGCUGAGCGCCGAGUAUGCCACCUGGAGCGAGCAGCUGGCCGAACUGAAGCGCGCUCACAAGACACUCGACAGCAAGACGUUGCUGCUGGCAUUGGCCAUCAAUUACUAUGCCGGCUGGGGAGUCGAGCAACGCGGCGCCCUAAUUAAACGUCUGAGCAAGGAAUUCCAGCUCUCCGGCUCUGAUGGCUUUGAGCUACGCCGAACUCUCGUCACAGAGCAGCAGCAAAUCAUUUGGGAAAGUCAAGGCUUAGCGCGCGACGCGCAGAUCAUUGAGAGCGCUGCGUUGCUGCGUGAGAUGCUGGCGCUACCCUUUGGCAGUUGCCCAGUGCCGCUGCUGCUGGAUCCCACCCAGACGGCGGGCCAAUGGCUCAGCGCGCAUCUGCGUGCAACGGGACGAGCGAGCGAGCUGACAAGCCAAGGCAACGAGCGACUAUGCUACCAACUGGAGCUAGCUGUGCGCUUUGGCAAAACGCUGCUGGUGCUGGACUGCGAGCAGCUGCGCCCGCCGCUGUUGGAGCUGCUGCAGCUGCACAUCUAUGUGCGCUUCAACAAGCGCCAAUUGGCAGUGGGCAAUAAGCUGGUGGAUCUCCAUGAGGACUUCCAAUUGGUGUUGAUCAGCAAGUCUCAUCGCCUGCAGCUGCUGCCGCCGGAGCAGCGAGGUCAAGUGAAUCUGCUGCGCUUCACGGUGACAGCCACUGGGCUGGCCGAUCAGCUAAUGUCCAAGGCGAUUGUGCUGAAGAAUCCGGCACUGGAGCAGCAGCGCAUCGAGCUACUGCAGCGAGAGGGCGAGCUACUGAAGCAGCGCAUGGCGCUCCAGGACAAGCUGCUCGAGCAGCUCUCCAAGGCCGAGGGCGACAUUCUGCGCAACGAGCCGCUCCUGGCCAGCCUGAACGAGGUGAAGCGCAGCAGCGCCGAAAUCGAUGCGGCGCUGGAGCAGAGCGGACAGGUCAAGCAAACGCUGCUCUCACAAUUUGGUGCACUGCGUGAGCUCUGCGAGCAGGCGGCCAACUUCUACGCUGGCCUGACGCAGGGCUACGAGCUGUCGGCCCUAGUCUACAUUGAGCUCUUCCUGGGCGCAUUGCGUGCUCAGGAUGCUCAGCAGCUGCAGCAGCAGCAGCUGUUCGAGCGCCUCGUCCGCAGCGUCUAUCUGCAUCUGGCGCGUGCAACACCUCGCGAAAGUCAAUUAACACUGGCCUUGUGGGUUUGCCGGCAAGCCUUCGGUUCCGCCAUCGGCGCCAAGGAGUGGGAGCUGUUUGUCAGCAACUUCAUGGGCAGCGCCGAUGGCAGCUGUCAACUAAGUGGCGGCCUGCCCGACUGCAUGAGCCGCGACUCACAAUUGAAGCUGGCGCUGCUGCUGCAACAGCUGCCGGACCUCAAGGCGCAACUGCAGCUGGACAAGGAUUACGUGUGGCGCGGCUUUAUCGAACAGCAAACGGACGAUAUACUGCCCAAUAUCAAGUCGCACUUUCAACGCGUCCUAGUGGCACAAAUCUUUCGACCCGAUUUACUGAUCACACAACUACGUUUGGCAAGUAGCCAAUUGUUGGGUUUGGCCCCAGAGGCGGCCACACAGCCAACCGUGCAGCAGCUGCUGGAGCAGAGCAGCUGCGAUCGUCCCAUAUUGAUGAUCAGUCAACCCGAACUAGAUCCAGCCACAGAGCUGCGUGGCGUGGCUCUGAAGAAGUGGGGACCACAGAAGUACGUGGAGCUGGCCAUAGGACGAGGCAGCGAGCAGCGCGCCUUGGCGGCCAUGCGGCAGGCAGCGGGCCAGGGUCAGUGGCUGUGCGUGAAGAAUGUGCAUCUGGUGCCCGAGUGGCUGGGCCAGAUGGAGUGUGAGCUGAGCGAGCUGCACAAGUCUCAGGAGUUUCGCCUAUGGCUGCUCUGCGAGUCCACCAAAGGCUUCAGCGAGGCGGCUGUUUACAAGUGUCUCAAGGUGCGAUACGAGCAGCCGCGCGGCCUCAAGCAGCAGGUGCAGCGAAUGCUGCAGAACUACGCCGGCCUCCAGCCUGAGUCGGCUAGCAAACAGCCUGCGAAGUGCUUGAAGAUGCGCCUGGUGCUCUUCCUGCUGCAGGCCGUGCUGCAGCAGCGCCGUCAGUAUAUACCCCAGGGCUGGUCGAAGUACUACGAGUUUGGCGAGGCAGACCUCAAGGCAGCUCUCGGCGUGCUGGGCUGGCUGGACGCGCAGCUGAACAGCGGACGUUGCGAUUGGACGCUGAUGCAGCGUCUCUGCGAGGCAGUGGCCUAUGGCGGGCGAAUGAACAACGAACGGGAUGUGGACAUACUAAGGAGCUAUCUAUCCCAAUUUUGCUGUGCGGAUGUCCUCAGCAAUCGCUGGCAGCCACUGGGCCUGCCUGGCUCCAUGCCCACCAGCGCCCAGCUGCAGGAUUACUAUGCGGCCGUUGAUCGAUUGCCCGAUGUGGAUGAGCCGCGCAUGUACGGACUCGCCAGUCAGGCGCAGCAGCAGCGCGAAAUGGAGCAGGCGCGUCUAGUCAUCAAGGAGCUACGCGCAUUGCAGUUUGGCGGAUCUGCGGCUGGCAGCGAAUUGGCCACGCCCAACUCCAGGCAACGACUGGAACAGCAAAUCAAACCUUUGCUCAGCUUGUGGAGGAAAUUGGCCCACGGCUGCACUAUAGCCCAGACGGCAAAGGAGGCAGCACUCACUAGUGGUACAGCCACGCCCAUGCCCACGCCCUGGACGCUGUUUGUGCUCGCCGAGCUGCAGCUGGGCGCUCAGCUUUACAGAGCCGUGCAUCAGCUGCUGUCGCAGCUGCACAAUUGGCUAAAGGAGACGACGGGCAGAGCGGAGCAGCCAGCGGAUGUGGAUGCCAGCACAAUGCUAGCGCUGGCCGAGCAGCAGGUGCCCCACAGCUGGCAGAAGCUGUGGCCCGGUCCGAGCAGUAGCAGCGCCGUUGACUACCUGCGCGGUCUGAUGGUGCGUGCGGAGGCAGCGGAGCAGCGCUUUAAAGAGUCGCUGCAGGUGGAAUUCGGCCAGGAGCUGAAUCUGAAGCAGGUCUUCAACUGCGAGAAUCUGUUGGCCUGCUUAAAGUUGCAGCAGGCGCGCAAAUGCAGUGUAUCCACGCAGCGACUCCAAUUGCAGUGUGCGACGACCAGCGAUAGGGCAGGAGGAGCUGGGGAUCUGCUUUUGCUUAAGCUGGCGCCGCUUAAGCUUGAUGGUAACACGCAGCUACUCAACAGCAGCGAGUCGAAUCCAUUUUACAUCACAUACAAAAUCACAAACAACGAAGCGAACGUCACUGAGGAUAAGUUCAAGAAAAUCGAUCGCUUUGCCAGCAACAGGCAGCACACCGACGAGCGCAUUACCCUGCCGCUGUACAGCAGAGCCAGCCGGGACAAGCUGAUCUGCCAUUUGCAACUGGAUGCCGUUGGCGCCACGGCGGAGCAAGUUCUUCUCGCCGGCACAGCCCUCAUCGUCGAAGACUAUUGAAGAUAGUCCCAGAGAAAAAAAUCAGAUUUAAUCUAUUUCAAAUCUCCCAUCUAUUGAAACUCAUCCCAGAAAACGGAAUCCAACAUAUAAAUAAAUAUGCAAGCUCCGCAAUACAAAUAGAGUGGAAAGACAACGGCCAUAAGCGUCAUUUUGAUUGUAAACAAAAUUUGAUAGCAAUAGCAAUUCCAAAAUUUUGAAU